AUGGAUAGAGAGGAAGAGAGGAUGGCUGGAACUGUUGGACGUUUGGUGUUUGAUUUUCCUCGGCUCAUUCGAGUCCAAGUCGCUCAACUCAACGCAACUCGACACCAGAGAGGGUUGUCCUCCGUAGGAAGCCGUCCUUCAAACCAUAUGAGGGUAGAGGAAUCAGGCGCAACACCCACAACCAAUCCCUGUCCUAUCUGUUUAAUAAACCAUUCAUUUGAAAAAUCCAUUCCAUUCAUGCCCACAAAGGACAACGAUAACGCCAACCGCCCCUAUGCGCCUACCGCUGAAUGCUGA